AUGAGUAGCAACUCUUAUGAUCGCGCAUUGACCGUCUUUUCACCAGACGGUCAUUUAUUUCAAGUCGAAUAUGCCUUGGAAGCUGUAAGGAAAGGAACAUGUGCGGUUGGAGUUGUUGGGGAGGAUUGUGUAGUUCUUGGUGUUGAGAAGAAGUCUGUUCUUAAAUUACAAGACCCUCGAACCGUGCGUAAGAUUGUCAUGCUCGAUGACCACGUAUGUAUGGCUUUUGCUGGUCUUAGUGCAGACGCUCGGGUACUCGUUAAUAAAGCUCGAGUAGAAUGUCAAAGUCAUAGACUCACCUUGGAUGAUCCAGUGACGAUAGAAUAUAUUACGACCUUCAUUGCAGGAAUUCAACAGAAAUAUACACAAAGUGGUGGAGUUCGACCAUUUGGAAUUUCAACGCUUGUUAUUGGAUUUGACGUAAAUGACAAAAAGCCAAGGCUUUAUCAAACCGAUCCGUCGGGUAUAUACUCUGCUUGGAAGGCGAACGCAAUUGGUAGAAGUUCAAAAACUGUCCGUGAAUUUUUGGAAAAGAAUUAUAAGGAGGGACUAUCGAAAGAAGGAUCAAUCAAAUUAGCAGUUAAAUCUCUUCUGGAGGUAGUGCAAACUGGUGCCAAAAAUAUUGAGAUUGCAGUAAUGACAUGUGAUAGUAUGAAGGUAAAUGAUAGCACAUAUUCUUUCCAUGGUGGUUGA